AAAGCACAAUGUUUGGUGUGGUGGUAGUAGGAAUUGGUAUUGCUGGUUCUGUGAGGGUCAGAGACCUUCUUAACCCAUUGCUAUCUAGUCCAUCAGAGAGUCUGAAACUUGUUGGUUUCGUUUCAAGGAGAGACCUUGGUCAGUAUAAUGGAGUGAAACAAAUCGGCCUGGAGGAGGCACUAAGGAGCACUGAGGUUGAUGCUGCUUUCAUUUGCACAGACAAUCAAAAUCAUGAGGAAAGUGUAAGGCGUUUCCUUGAAGCCGGCAAACAUGUUCUUGUUGAGUACCCAAUGGCUCUAUCCGCACAAGCCGCACAUGAAUUGUGGGAACUGGCAGAACAGCAAGGUAAGGUCCUACACGUGGAGCACAUCGAGCUUCUUACAGAGGAAUACAGAGCCCUGAAAAAAGAAGUGGAUGGGAAGACACUGGAAGAAGGAGUCCUUCAUUUCACAGGUGGACCUCUAGAUGAGCAGCGCUCAGGUUUUACUGCUUUCAGUGGCAUAGCGCGGGCAACCUGGCUGGUUGACCUUUUUGGAGAGUUGACUGUUACCUCCGCUACCCAAGAUGAAGAUCCAGGAGAAAAGUAUUCCAAGCUCAAUGCACACUUUGUCACAGCAAAUAAUAAGCCAGUAACUUGGAUUGAAGAAAGAGCCCCUGGCAUGAAGCGAGAGAAAAAAGUCAACUUUACAUUUACAACAGGAGUUCUAAACACUUUGCCUCCAGCCGGCAGAGGGUCUGUUGGGCCAUUUAUGCAGGAUCAGAACCUCUUUGCAAAAAAGCUAUUGGGUCAAGUCUCUAAAGAAGAACUGGCAGCUGAGAAGAAACGCAUCCUGCACUGCAUUGACUUAGCUGAGAAGAUAAAGCAGUAUUGUGAGCACUGAGGCUGUGAUUGUAUUAACUAUUACUGAGGGUACUGAUACAUACUGCUCAAUGAGAUUAUACAUUUUGGUUUAUUACACUUCUACAGAUACAAGUAUGCCAUACAGGCUUAUUGGGUGUUGCCUAUGAUUAUCCUUGUG